GGCGGCCGGCCGCACAGCGCACUGUGACUCGGGCACUCGCCGCCGUCGCAACACAACGUCAAGCUCGCUCCGGUGCGAUCAGCUGGCCGCAUAACGGAGCCCGAGACGAGCCGCCGCACGGUGCUAUGGAGUUACUGUGUGCGGAGCGCGUGAGCCCCGACAGCUCUGGGGUCGCGGGGGGCGCGGCGCCGGCCGCCACGGCUAGCGCGGACCCCGUGCUGCUGCAGCGCCGCGUACUGGACAACCUGCUGCGCACGGAGGAGCGCUACGCCGUCACCGCCACCUACUUCGGCACCGUUCAGACCGAGGUCACGCCGCACAUGCGCCGCGUCGUCGCCGAGUGGAUGCUAGAGCUCUGCGAGGAACAGAACUGCCAGGAGGACGUAUUUCCCCUGGCGAUAUCGUACCUGGACAGGUUCCUGAGUACGUGCGCCGUCGGCAAGAGCCAGCUGCAGUUGCUGGGGACUGUCUGCCUGCUCCUCGCCUCCAAACUCCGGGAGCCCAGCUCCCAUGGACUAACGGCGGAGACCCUGGUCUUCUACACGGCCAACAGCGUCACGUAUGCGGAUAUUUGCAGUUGGGAAUUGCUGGUGCUGUCGAAGCUAAAGUGGGACAUCGCGGGAGUGACGGCGCACGAUUUCCUGCCUCUGCUGCUGUCGCGACUGCACCUACCGAGAAAAGUCAACACAGAAAUGGUCCAAAGGCACGCGCAAACAUUCAUCUCCCUUGCCGGAAGAGAUUACAAGUUUACCUUGUACUCGGCGAGCACGCUGGCCGCCGCCUGUCUGUCCGCCGCGCUUCGGGGCCUCUGCGACGACACCUCGCACCUGCUGCGGCUGCAGGAGCUCACCGGCAUCGACCUUGAUUGUCUGCACACGUGUCUCGAGAACGUGGAGGUGAUGGUUCAGGCGGCGAUCGCGGCGACGGCGGCGGCGAGUCGGCAACCCGCGGGCCCAAACUGCCCGGGCCGGGAGGAAGCGGCGCGGUGGACCCCUCCUCCCCAGGACAAGGCCCAUAGCAACGCCGCCACACCCACCGACGUCCGGGACGUGCAGUUCUAAGGGAGUCGAUGGGGCAGUCCCGGUGUCGCCCUUCCGAAAGACUCGACAGAGUUCGUGCCCGGGACUACGAGACUCGAUAGUGAGCGGACGAGUGCGUCCGCCCGGUGAGCGUCGCGCUCAUCAGCACUGACAUAAAGACUGACAUUGCGUGUUUAGACUACUGUAGCGUGUGUAGUCUAAGAUAGUUAGUAUGCCCUGCGUUGUAUAAUAUAACCUCCUGAGGACGGAGGUGGCACUGAAUUUUCGACAGUAUGCCCGGCUAAUAUAUUCGAUAUAUAGUUAAUCUUGGAAUUAUCUACCUCUUAAUCUUAAGAAUUCUUUCGCUUUGCGCUUGUAACGUAGCUGUAAAGGUUGAUGGGACCAAACCAUCCGAUUUUUGAGGCGGGGUCGGCCUUUAUAUAAUAUGUAUUUGAAUACAUCGUAUUUUUUAUAAAAAAUUAUGACUGCAGUCGAGUAUCUGCAUUUUGUAAAAAUCUCCAUUUACUUUUGAUGUAAACGAGUUGGAACUUGGAAGCUGUUUCCAAGCUGUUAAUGUAUCGGGGGAAGGCAAUAAAAUACGCUUUUAAUUGUAUAAAAUAACAUUUAUAGUUGUUUUCACAUUGUUAACAGAAGAUGUACCGGACAAUCGGUCCUUAUUACUUUUGUAAUGGUACAUGUGGUCAACGUCGAAGCCCACGUUGGCUUUCUUAGAAGAAUAUGUACCAGUAAAUGUAAGGAGUAAGGACCGAUAGUUCGAUAGGAUAUUUAUACCUACAAAUACUUGCAUAUUUAUACACAUUCUCGACAUAAAUUGGUAUUUUGGUCAAAUAGUAUAACAAAUAUAAUUAUUAUUUUUAUGAUGUAUCCACGCGACAAGCGUCCUAUAAGACUUGCAGAAGAGCACUGCAUGAAUUCUUUUUGAAUGGAUAUCCUUUAGCUACGUAGGGUAAAUAGGCAUUUAUAAAAUUUGUUCCUUUCGAUGACUACAGAACCAACAAACGAGUCUAGUAUGUAAUUUACCUUGUAACUACACGUAAACAUAAUUUUAAAUGUGAUAGCGUUAGGGAAACUGAUUAAACUUGAAAUCGUAGUCACUUUCAGUCAUAAUAUGUUAAAUUAGAAGUAGCUAUCUUAAAUUAAGCAAAAAUGAGAAAAAAAAUGUGAUUUUCGUAUUUUGGUAAGGUCUAGGUUAGUGUUAGUUUUAACGUUCACGUUUUGUUCCUACGAUCGACUAACACGACCUGCAAUAGGCACGCUCCCACAGUACUUAAGGAAUCUACAAUUAUAGGCGUAAGUUAUGUGUAUUGUGAUAUCAUUUCCAUAGAUAAAGUAAAUCGACUAUUUAUAAGCUCUGUAUUAAGUUUCGUUUUAGUUCUAUAAGUACGGGUGACACAUGCAAAUAUUGUAUCAAUAUUACACUAGUAUUUACUCUGAAUAUCGACUUACGUAUGCUCUGUCACAGCUCGCGUAGUAGCAAUACCACGUCUUCCAAGCCACGAGACAUGGCGGGCCUGUGUCUUUAAUUAUGACAAGAUAUGUAUUUAUUCGCCGAUAUAAUAUAUUUAACGAAACACCGUGUAAAUAAAUAGUAGACAAAUGUAUAUACGUAAUAGUUGGAGAUAUUAUAUGUCUAAAUGCUGUAAGCAUAUGGUGCCAUAGAUAUAUUGUGUAAAUUAGACGCACGGACGAUCCCGGGCCAGUUAUAAACGUGGAUGUGCCCGGGCCGUCUGGGCCUACGUGAUGAUUGUAGCGUAGUAUAUACUAUGACAAAUGUAACAUAUCUAUGUUUAUCUAAAUGGGAAAGUAUACGCAUUAAAAUAGUUUAUUUAAUGCUUAUUUCGUCUUCAUUCGCUUUAUAAGUACGAGAUAAGAUUAAAGUAUGUAAUUAGGGGAGAAAAUUAUGUUUCUUUUUUCCAAAAUGUAUAUAAUUAAGACCGAGCGAUGUCGCUCCGAGUGAUCUUAUUUUUGUCAAGAAAUAAAAGGGUUAAAUUUCAA